AGUCGGCUACUAAUUAAGUACCUAAGAGCUAAAAUAACAAAAUGGAAAGCGAAUUUAGUGCAUAAUUUCAGGUUUUCAUCAGCUUGAUGGUAAAUUCACGUCAAUAUUUAAAUCAAGUAGAGGACAAUUUGUUAUCUUCUUGUUGAUAUCCUUUGAGCAUAUUCCAUAUCCUUUUUAAACUCAUACUGCAUUUUGGAAGCUAUUACCCCGUAAAGCUAUGACAACGUUUAAAUGUUCGGGUACUUCGGAUGGCAAAGAAUUGAUAGGGCAACUUCACGACUAUUGACUAGCAGACAAGACAUUGAGACUCACUUUGUAAAAUGAGCGAGACUUACAAACCAGAUACUGAUGCUUUACCGAAAGAUCCUUAUGAUACAGCCUAUCUGGUAUGUUACGCUCUUCUUGCGCAAUGGGCACUCUUACUAAAGUGUUUCUCAGUCACAAAGAGAUUUGGGAUUAAAUAUUCCCAUCAAUUAUGUUACCACUCCGGGUAUUUCUUUGAAGGCUGCAUGUUUCCCAUUUCUCAAAUAUGAAGAUGAUGAUGCGGCCAUUUGUAUUUCCAAUUUAUUGGCCGAUGGCUUUCGGAGACUGGAAGUGGAUUUGUAUUGGGAUGAAACGAGACAAUUAUGGAGUUUUUGUCCUCUGGCCUUACCGGUCGAGACCUCGAGUAUUGUUUCUUCACCAAUUCCAACAUCAACACUUCCUUCUACCACGGCUCGUUUGACUUCUGCUUCACAAACUACAGAUUUGGUUGCCAGACAGGAUACAGCUACGAGUACGAUUAUCUCUUCAUCAAGGACGAGAAACACAGAUAGCACAUCCCGCUUGAGUUCCUCUUCUCGUACUUUAUCUACAGUGAACUUCAUGACAAGCUCGCUCGAGGCAACAUUACCGACAAAAACUACAGUCCCAAUCUCUUCCAACAGAUUACUGUACAAUAUUGGCCAUUACACUUGCACUCCGACUAUCAACUUACAUAUACUAACAACCCUACUUUUGGACUACAUACAACAAACACAAAAUACGAUUGAAGCACACAUGCUUAUUCUGACCCUCAACAUCCACGCCAUUCAGUCAGAUGCUAGUAUUAACGGACCUGCUCCCCAACCAGCCAAUUUCCCAGAUUUUUUGGAAACUCUAGGAUCAAGUUUCUCGGCAAAUUUAUCAGCAUACAUCUAUACACCAAAUGAUCUAAGAUCUAACCGAGCAAAUCUGAAUGCAUCUUGGUACUCAGUUGCAGAAAGGUACAGACCUGCUCUAGAUUACUAUUCUACAACUACAAACGAAUUUGGAGUUGUAUCGACGGAAGAUGGUUGGCCAUCAGAAUCUUAUGUCGAAUUUUCUCAAGGCAAACGAAUGCUUUUACAGUUUGGGGUGGUAGAUCCUCAAAUGAAGGGAUACAAUUUUACUGGAGAUUCAGGCACUAUUUUCUCUCCAGGCUAUUUGAGUAACCGCCGCGAGAGCGAUAUAUUAACCACUCCCGAUGGAAAUCUAACAAGUGGAUGUUUUUUUCUCAAUACCACAGAACAAGUUUCGCAAGUAAACUCAUCCUGGGCAACAGCGGCAAGUAUACCUGGCUUCGAUUAUCCCAGCGACUCGAAUUCCAACCUCACUCCUCUCCUCAACCUAACAUCAUCCCUAACAAAUUGUGGUAUUUCCCCAACGCUCAACACAACCCUCCUCAACGCCACAGUCAACACAAACAACGCCCCCUACAAAAGCUACGCCUACUCCACCAUCUGGUCCUGGGCCCCGGACGAACCUCGCAACUCCUCUUCUUCUUCCUCCUCCUCAACCAACGACCCCCUCUUCCGCUGCGCCACCCUCCGCAGCCCCUCAAACCACUGGCACGUAACCGACUGCUCCACCAAACUCUACGCCGCAUGCCGAUUCCCCGCCCAACCCUACAACUGGACCCUAACCAACUACCCCAUCUCCUACUCCUACGCCUCCCAAGCCUGUCCCGCACCCUACACAUUCUCCUCCCCGCGGAGCGCACUCGAAAACACCCAUCUCCUACAAACUAUCAACCUGCUCUCCGCAUCUCUCAAUUCCAAUUUCAAUUCCGAUCCCGCUUCCGAUUCCAAUUCCAAUUCCGCUACCAGUGCGAAAAUCUGGAUAGAUUUUAAUUCGCUCGAUACGAAGAAUUGCUGGACGGCUGGUGGACCUAAUGCGUCGUGUCCGUAUGGAGAUCAGAGACUACUGGAUGAUAUUAGGGAGAGGGAGGUUAUUGUUCCGGUUGUGGCGGCGCUUAUUGUGAUGAUUUUGACGGGGUUGGUUUUGGCGGGGAAGUGUGCGGGAGGGCGAGGAGUUGGGGAAGAGGAGGGGAGGGGAAGAAAAGGGGAGGCGUGGUUUAUGAGGGGGUGCCUGCUUGAUGGUUUUUGUUUAUGGUUGUGCAUCAUGAUGAUGAUGCGGAGGGGGUGUGUAUUUAUGUAUUUAUGUAUUUGUUUUUGUGUAUUUAUGUAUAUUUACCUGUAACAAUUUUGUAUAGCUAGUAAGAAGGUUACGUAUGGGUAAAAAGUGUAGGCUUAGUUAGUAUAUCUAUCCAAUAAUUU